AUGGGGAUUCCAAUCGAUAUAGAUUCGUUGCGGGUCCGGGAGACACGGCCAGAUAUCGGCAUUGGAGGCGUUCAGAUGCGCCGAAGGAACAGCAGUUACACUGCUGGGAAUAACCUUGUAAGCUCUAGGGGCACAAUGAACGGAUUGUUGACGCUUCGGAGAGCUGAGUCACGUGAGAUGAAUCACGGAGGAGAGAUGAUGAAUAGUGGAUCUGUGGAAGGAUCGUUGGUGGUGUGGGACAAGGAGGGGUCUCAGAUAGCUGUUGUUUCGCGUGAGGCUGGGGUUUCUAUGUAUAAUAUUGCCGGGGGCAUUUCGCCCGGGAACGAGUUGAGCCGUGUAGCGCAGAUAUCGAGGAACGAGUUUUUGUUUAUGGGCCACUCUGAUGCUAUAUACUUUGCUACUGGGGAAGGGGAAGGAGACGAUGAAGAUGAAGAUGGAGACAGAGACGGGAGAGUGCAUUUCCAGUCGUGGAAUGUUGGUCCCAUUACUGCGAUGUGGUACAUGCCGCACCAGUCCAAGUUUUGCUGCAUACUACCCGAUGGGACAGCGCAUGUUAGCGAAGACCCACGCGUGUCGUUGAGGAGACGGAUCUCGAUACACGACGACACGCUUGAGUCUAGACAGAUGACGCAUUAUAUCCAAGACUAUGCGCUCUUGGAGGUUUCGCCUACUGGGGACAGCUUAGCGAUUGCCAAGCACUCUGGGGAGAUCAGCAUUCUGAAGGACGGGUUUCUGCGAUACGUUACCGGGUUUGGUCUCACUGAGGAGGAGGCUGCGUACAGGGCUGAUCCGAGCGAGAAGGUUACGAAGAUGUUGUGGUCCGACGACAGUCGGUUUUUAUGCAUUGUUACGACGCAAAGGAUCCUUGUGUACGAUAACGAUAUGGAUGCGAUAACUGUUGUUGCUGGCGAGCACCCGAACCAGCACAUUUCGUGGGGCGGGAACGGGACGAUAUUGUUCUUGCUCUCGACGCAUUUGUACGGGACGAUGCUCAAGUGUUUCGAGCACAACAGCGACGAGCAGCAGUGGAUCUGCUGCGGGUUCGAGGACGUGCGGUCGCAAUUUAGCGUGCACAAAGUGCACGCCUUCCACGUGUGCGCGGAGAGACAAGCGUUGACGAUCUACCACGACCAGGGCCGCAUCGACACGUUCGAAUACAGGAUCACGCAGGCAUAG